AUGUCUAACCACCAUCGUAAUCUAAGGGAACUCUUUUCUACAAAAUACUCUAAGCCUUUCUCUAAUUUUCCUUCCGAUAGAUUACGAAUUGGAAAAUCCCCUUUAGCAGUUGGCAACUUUCUUUAAUAUGCAUAAAAAAAGAAUGCAGAAGAAAAAUAGUAAAGAAAUCAUACUCCAGUACACACACCAAACAAAAUAAGAGUUGGAUAAGUCAACAUAAAUGAAUAUGCAUUGCCUUACAAAAAUCCAUAGCUUAGUUUUUUUAGUAAGGAUAGUAAUAGAUCAAGAUCAAAAAGUCCAAUCUAAUUAUCAAUGCAAAAAUCACCAAAAUAAUCAACGAUAGACUCAAAAAAGAUUUUUGAAAAUGACGAUUCUAUAAGUCUCAAUCGGUAGGCUUCUUAGAAACUAUCCAAUCAUACUAAAUUUGCUAGUGCAAAUCUAAAAAUUAAUAUUAAUGAAGUUCCACAUUUAAAAAUACCUUAAGUUAGUUCUAGUACCAAAAUAAAAGCAAAUAUAUAAAAUUUUUAGAGUAUAUUCAAUUCUUUGCUUAUCAAAUAUGAUUCUAUUCAAUAAUAGUAAUAACAACGUCCACCAAUUAAAAAGGUAUAAAAGGAAGAACCCUAAGAUGAAGAAUUAUAAAUUGACACUUAAAUUUGUGUAACCAAGUCUAGUUUUGCUUUUCACUUUGUAAUAGGGAAAGGUGGAUUCGGAAGGGUCUGGAAAGUAGAAUUAAAAAAAAGCAGAACACAGUAUGCUAUGAAAGAAAUGUCCAAGGCUAAAAUAAUAGCAAAAAGAAGUGUAAAUUCUGUUAUGAACGAAAGAAAUUUAUUGGCAUAGUUCAAACACCCUUUUUUGAUUAAUAUGAAUUUUUGUUUUUAGGACAGAGAUAACUUAUAUCUAGUAAUGGAUCUUUUAACAGGAGGUGAUCUCAGAUAUCAUAUAGGACGAAUGAGAAGAUUCAAAGAACAUUAAACUAAAUUUUUCAUUGCUUGUGUUAUUUUAGCAUUAGAAUACCUACACAAUUCAAAUGUUAUUCAUAGAGAUGUUAAACCUGAAAACAUAGUACUUGAUAGCAAUGGUUAUGCUCGAUUAACUGAUUUAGGAAUAGCAAGGAUCUGGAAACCUGAGAAUUCCUAAGAUACAAGUGGAACACCAGGAUAUAUGGCUCCUGAAGUGAUGUGUAGAUAGAAUCACACAAUUGCUGUUGAUUAUUUUGCUUUGGGAGUAAUGACGUACGAAUUUAUGUUGGGAAGAAGACCAUAUAAUGGUAGAACAAGAUAGGAGAUAAGGGAUCAAAUUCUAACUAGAUAAAUUCAAGUGAAAAGAAGUGAAUUGCCAGAUGAUUGGUCAAUUGAUGCUGCUGAUUUCAUUAAUAAAUUAAUUUAACGUAAACCUAAUAAUAGAUUGGGAUUUAAUGGACCUAAUGAAGUUAAACAACACCCAUGGUUAUAAAAUUUUCCAUGGACAAAGUUACUAAAUAAGGAAAUUCAAUCUCCGUUCAUUCCUCCUUCAAUUUAAGAGAAUUUAGAUUAUAUUAACAAUAUUAGUGAAGACAAUGAUACUUAGGAUGAAUAAAUUGUAGAAAAUAGAAUCUUAUUGAAAAAGAAUUCUGUGUAAAAUUUAUUUUAUGGGUAUAGUUAUGAUUAAAACAUGCAAACCUAAUUAAAAAACACUAAAAGUACUAGUAGCACUUUAAUAGUUAAUUGA